AUGGACUCAAGCGGCACCUUACCGGAUCUUGUAACGUUGGCACCUGCACCUGCCUUCGCCGACCUCCAGGGCCUCUCUACAGAUUUGAUCCACCUAUGGCAGGUGGUCGGGGCCACAACUGAUGAGCAGCAGGCGGCUGCGGAGGCAGUGGUGGCCGCAGCCUGCCAGGCUGCCGCAGCAUCCCUGGAAGCGUGGAAGGCCCGCCGCGAGUCUUUGCAGAAGGAAUGCCAGGAGUUGGAAGAGUCUAUCAAGCAGCAAGUGCCGAAGCUCGUCGAGGGGCACUUCUUGCAGGACUUGGCAAAAGCCUUGGGGUGUCCGCUCCAGCAGCAGGCUGCUGCUCUACGGCAGCUUUCGCAAGAGGUGUGCCAAGCCGUGGCAGUGCAAGAGCGUUUGAAGCAAGGGCUGGCAGCAGCUUGCGCCGCAUUGGGGAUGGAUCUGGACGUGGAGGGCUUGAGCCCCGAGCAGCUGGCUGCAGAGGUCCGGCGACGAGAGCAGCAGCUGCGAGAGGAGUACCUGGCAGCGCUGCGGGCUUUGGGAUUGAACCCAGAGGACUUCCCGGAGGGCGACCUGGGCGCCAUGGCCCAGCGGCUCAUCGAGCUGCAGGCGCAGCUCCGCCAGUUGCGGCAGCAGGCGCUGGCCCACGCCCAAGGCGCCCGAGCGAUUUGGAGCGAGCUGAAGCGGAGCCCGGAGCUCCCGCGGGAUGCGGAGGCCCAAGACCUGGCGGAUGGCCCGCCGGCGGCGGUCACGGCGGCUGUGGCGUCCAAAGUGCUGGCGAGUCUGCGCGCGUGGGAAGCGCAGCGGGAGGUGGCCGCUGAAGAGGCGGAAAGACUUCACGGGCUCAUUCGGGGUCACUGGGCCCAGCCAGAGGCCUUCCUGGAACAACACGGUGGAAUACACGAAGCAGACCUGAAGGCCUGCUCCCAGAAGCUGCAGCAGCUGCGGGAGGAGUGCCGGCGCGCGGAGGCGCCUCUGCGCCGGGGCUUGCAGCAGCUCUACCACAAGACGGGCUGUGACCUGGAGCUUUUGGAGUCGUGCUACCAGGAGGUGGAGCAAGCCACCGGCGCCAAGCAACGCCUCAAGCUGCUAGAGAAGGAAACGCAGCGGAUGGAGGAGUACCUGGAGUCCCUUCGGGUCAUCCUUGGGCAGCGCGAGGAACUGAAGGCUUUGGUGGUUGCUGGGGAAUGCUUCGAAAGGGCAGCGCAAGCAGGUGCAGGACGUUGGGUGGGUUCCAGCAAACACUUCCUGGAGGAGGAGAAGUUUCGCAAACGCUUUAUCCGCCAGUACCCCGACCUUCGCGACAAGCUGAUUCUUUCUAUCGAGCAGUGGGAGGGCACUCAUCAGAAGCCCUUCAAGCACCAGGGCAUUGCUUUGGGAGAUCGUCUUCGGGAUCUGCGGGAUCAUGGGGUCGCGCUGGCCAGCGCCAAAGGGGAUCUCUCCAUCAUGGCGGUCUUGUUGGAAGCACUCGCCAUGCAUAAGGAGAAGGUUCCAAAAUCUGCAGCAAAAGGUGAUCGAGCAGGCAAAUUGCCUCAUUUGCCCUCACCACCCUCCAAGGGUGGCAUGGGCCGAUCCAGUUCAGACGCCACUAUGCCGAAAAGGUCUUCAUCCCCAACACGAAAGCUGAAGAAGCAGCAGUCUGCAGCGAGCCUGACUCGCUUGCCGCCGAUUUGA